AUGAAGCUUAUCCUUCUUUGGACUCUCUGGAACCCACCUGUUGCUUUAACUUUUAACCUAGAUGAAACCAAUGGAGUUCUUACACCUUACUUGGCCUACUUAAAAUCGAGCCACUUCCCUUGCACUGGAGUCUUGAUUCACCAACUCUGGGUACUCACAGCUGCACAUUGCUACUUACAGGAUCUUACAGUGAUAUUGGGAGUUACAAACCCAUCAAACCCAAAGGAAGCAAAUACAAAAGAGCUUUUCUAUGUGAAGAUGAUUCAACAUCCACAAUACACAAUCAACUCUAUUGAUUAUAACCUCAUGUUAAUCAAGCUGAACACCAAUAUUCAACUCAAUAAGUAUGUGAAUCUAAUCACCCUACCCCAGAAACCUGUCUCCCUAAAUGCUACAUGUAUUGCUUCCACUUGGGCCUUCUACACAUGUAAUAUUGGAAAGGAUCCAAACUCACUACAGCAUGUGAAUAUCUCCAUAAUCUCUAAAAGCGAAUGUGAAAAUGCUUAUAUAGGCAUCAACAUCAGUGAAAAUGUGAUCUGUGUGGGCACUGUGCCAGGAAGAAGAGAACCCUGUAAAGAAGUCUCAGCUGCCCCAGUCAUCUGUGAUGGUGUUCUUGAAGGAAUUCUGUCUUUUGCAGAUGGGUGCAUUUUGAGAUCUGAUGUUGGCAUCUACACCAAAAUCCUUAGCUACAUGGAAUGGAUUACUAAUAUAAUACAAAAAUACUGA